GUCAACUUCAUGCCUGAUAAGUCUUUGGCUUCUUCCAAUCUCCACAGACCACAAGUCCACAAUCAUACUUACACGUCUUGUGAUUCUCUAUUUCGAGAUCUACAAAUCUAUUCAAUUUCAGUUUCACAUCUCUCAGAAGUUAGUGGACUCCAAUUCAACUUCAUAUAGUGAAUCUCUCUUUGUAGAUCUACAAAUCUAUUCAAUCUCAGCUCAGUCCUUCACAUCUCUCAGGUAACAAUUCUCAUACUACUUACACAUCUAUGCUUUUAUUUGUUUGUUUAGAAUUUUACAUGAUCUUCCUAAUAUUACAACAAGGCUUCGAAAUGAAAGUUUUAAUUUCUUGUACUAUAUGUAAAAUGAAGGAAAUUUCGAAAUGAAAGUUUUAAUUUCUUGUUGACUUUGUUUUUUUCUAUUUUUAGUAAAUAGACUCCACUUUCCACUUACACUGACAUUCUAUUAUAAAGCUAAUAUAUAUGUAUGAGACUUUUAUUCCACUAACUUUUUCGACUAAUUUUUUUUCACAUUUCUUAAAACUCAUGUCGAGUCAAACUAAGACAAUAUUAUAUGGAUGGAGGGGGUGUGACCUAAGUUCUUUUGUACUAAGAGCAUCCAUAAUAGGGGCGGCGCGCCGGCCGCCCCGGAAACGCCGAGGACGCGGCUAUCUAUAGUGGGAGAAGCGUACGCCCCGGCGCGGACGCAAUUUCAGGGGCGGAAGUGGCAUCGCCGGGUAUUUUCCGAGGACGCACCGGUCUCUGAGCGGCGCGGCGAUAGGCGCGCUGGCCUAUUGCUUGGUCAUCCGGCGCGACGGUCGCCGGAUUUUUUUAUUAAUUUCAAAAUUUUUAUUAUAAAUACCCCUCCUCCACACACAUCUUCACACUCAUUUCACUCUCUAUCCAUUAUUCACUCUCAAAUUUAUCUAUCUCUAAAAAUGCACCGUAGAUACGAAGAAUCACCCGGCACCGACGAAUCGGGAUAUGACAACUAUCCUCCAUCUCAGCCGUGAAGAUCGAGUCCAACUCCCAUCCAUCUUAGCCGUGGAGAUCGAGUCUCACUCCCCUUCCAUUCCAGUCGUGGUCGCCGACAUCCCCGCCGUGGCAACAGACCCAAUUUCGGGGUCAGACCUCUUUUCAGAGGAAUUUGGGUCGAUUGGCGUUCGGAGAUUACAAGCCCAACAUGGAUGCGCUCAACCAUUCGCGACCGGAUACCCCCUUCCAACCCAGCCAAUCUCCUUUGUCUGAUGCAAAUAGAUUCGACCUGGAGCAGAUGAUGGGUUUGCUGAGUCCGAGCUUACCGGAUACUCCACCAGCAAGUGUGGUUACACCGGUUCCGACGACAGUCGGUGGAGUUGGUGGGAUCGGUGGGGCGAGUGGAAGCUGCGAUGACGGUGGGGGGAGGAGGCGGCAGCGGCGGGGGCUGUGCCGGCAGCGGUAGGGGCAGCGAAUCGGUCCACGCACAACACCAAAGCGGAGUCCAUUGCUGUGGCGAGGGCCUGGAAUGCAGUCACAUCGGAUUCCAUAGUUGGAACCGAUCAGACCGAGACAAGCUUCUGGAAGCGCGUUCUGUUGGUCUACAACGAGUUCAAGCCGAGAGGCGCCAAACCGUGUGACGCGGAACCGAUCCGCAAAAAAUGGUCUAGGAUUCUGAGAGCCACCAAAAGGUUCGAGGGCAUAUACCAGAACAACCUACUCACUGUUGAGAGUGGCCGCGGCGAAGCCGGCGUGAAGGAGUUGUCUAUGGCCCAAUUCAACACUUAAGGCUUUCCUAAGUUCAACUUCUGGGAGGAGUAUCUCGUUCUCAAUAGCUGCCUGAAAUUCAAGGCCAUAUGUGCGGAGGAGCAUCCUCCUGGGGCGAAGCGAACUAGACAUAACAGAGCCGGGGACUACAGCCGCGGCAGCGGCUCACAAUCAAUCGACCUCAACGACGCCCAAACGCAUGAGCCAUCCGCUACACACACUAGGCGCCCACGCCCUCCGGGGCAACAUGCCUCUAUCCGAAACGCUAGAGGAUCUGCAGGUUCCUCCCCGCUUCUCGUCGGCCGCGUCUGGAUCGCUCAUCUCGCAGCCCGCUUCUAGAUCGCACUUCGCGGGCACUGCUCCCCAUGAGGUCUUGAACAGGAACCUAGAUGUGCAGUUGAUAAAACAACUGCAAGAAUACAGUCGUUUCUACGAGACCACAACCGACCCGAUCACCAAGGAGAUAUACUACGCACUCAUGUGGAAGCGGUGGAGAAGAGGUGGCGGAUUCCGACUCUGCCACCGAGUAGACGGUGGCGGUGUUUUUAUUUGUUUUUUUUAAAAUGUUCGUUGUAUAAUUUUCCCGUAUUCAUAAUACAAUGAAUAUUUGGUCUCAAUACUUUUUUUAAAUUUUAGUAUUAUCUCGUUUUCUAAUUAUCAGUCCGAUAAUUUUAAAUAUAAUUGAAUUAAAAUAUAAAAAAUAAAAUAAAUUGAAAUGUGGCUAAAAAAGUCUCCACUAUUGUUGUGGAAACUUUUUUUUAUUCCGCGGACAAAUCAGAAGGGGCUGUGGACAAAAAAAAGUGGCGGGCGGGUGGAAGUGUCCACACUAUCGUGGAUACUCUAAACCACAUUUGAAAAUCUUCUUCCCCAAUUGUAAAUGUCCAAUGCUCCUUUGAUUACCUUAAAGUUUUAGUGGAGUCCAAUUCAACUUCAUAUAGUGAAUCUCUCUUCCUUUCUGCACGGUCAUAUUUACACAUCUUGUGAUUCUCUGUUUCUAGACCUACAAAUCUAUUCAAUCUCAGCUCAGUUCUUCAUAUCUCUCAGAGCGAAGGUGGCGAAAAUGUUAAGCCGGAUUUUCGAGUCAUUUUUGUCAAUUGUGGUGGAACUAAUUGCAGAUAAUGCACACAAUAAUGUGAAGAGUAUAAAGGAAUUUGAGCUUAAUCUAAAAGCUCUGCAGAAAAAGUUGAAGUUAUUGUGUGCUAAGGCAUCUGAUGUUGAGGAGGAAAUCAAGAACUCAGAACUUUCUGGUCGAAAGAAAAGGAGACGGGAAGUUGAGGAGUGGUUGGAAGAAGUCAGGUCCAUUGAAAAGCAAGUUGUUGAGUUGGGCACUCAAGUGGAAUCUGAAGGAUUUAUUAUGAGAUUGAUGGAUGGAGGGUUGCCAGCUAAACUAAUUGAAGAGGUUGACACACUUGUUGAGCAAAGUCGGAAUUUUGGUGAACUUGUCCUUGAUAUUUGUGGAAGUGGGGGAGAUAAGUUAUUGACAAAUGGGAUGGUUGGUCAAGCUUUUCAUGAAAAUUUGGAAAUGGUUUUGAAACUUUUGGAGAGUGGGGAAGUGUCGAGCAUUGGUGUUUAUGGUAUGGGUGGUGUGGGCAAAACGACACUGGCAAAGCACAUUCACAAUCGACUCCUCCAACAUUCUCAGGGACGUGUGAUUUGGGUUACAGUCUCUCAAGAAUUUAGUGUUACGACUUUACAAGAUAAAAUUGCUCAUUUUAUAGGUGUGGAUCUUGUGGGUGAGGAUAAUGAAGACAUAAGGGCAUCGAGACUACAUAAAACUUUGUCUCAGAUGAAGAAUUCAGUUCUGAUAUUAGAUGAUGUCUGGGAAAAUAUGGAUCUAUUAAAGGUUGGAUGUCUAGUUUCUGUCGAGUGUUGUAGGCUUAUUAUAACUACUCGCUCCUUAGAAGUGUGUCGUCAAAUCUGUUGCCAAAAAAAGAUUCAAGUGAGUACACUAAAUCAUCAUGAGGCAUGGGAAUUGUUCAAUGAAACUCUAAGAAAUGAGAUAGAACUUGAUUCUUCGGCAGAAGAAAUUGCCAGAUCUGUGGCAAAAUUGUGUGGUGGUCUGCCCCUAGCAAUUGUUACGGUGGCUGGAAGCAUGAGGGGCGAGAGAGACAUUCAUACAUGGAGAAAUGCUUAUGUAGAACUAACAGAACGUGCCUCAGGUAAUGAUGGCAUGGGAGAUGGUGAUGUUUAUAAAGUAUUGAAAUAUAGUUUUGAUAGGUUGAAUAGGAAUCAUCAUAGCCAGGGUAAUGAGUUCAAUACAUUGCAACAUUGUUUCCUGCAUUGUGCGUUGUAUCCUGAAGAUAAAAAAAUAAACAGAGAGCGUUUGGUUAGAGAGUUCAUUUCAGGAGGCUUGGUGGAUAAAAGAAAGACAAGGAGAGCGCAAGUUGUGCAAGGACAUUCCAUAUUGAAUAAAUUAGUGAAUGUGUGCCUACUGGAAAGUUGUGUCGGUCCUGGUCCUACGGAAUGUGUGAAGAUGCAUGAUCUUGUAAGAAGUAUGGCAUUGAAGAUAUGUGAGGGGAAAUAUAUGGUAAAAGCAGGUGGUGAUUUGAAGAAAAUUCCCAAAGAAGCAGAAUGGGCAAAGGAUCUGGAGAAGGUGUCCUUAAUUGACAGUGGCAUAAGGAGAAUUGAAGAAGGAAUGUCUCCCGAUUGUCCUAAGCUCUCAACAUUGCUUUUAACAUCUAAAUUUAGGUUGGAGUUAAUCCCAGAUUCGUUCUUUUCUAAAAUGCAAGGACUAUGCACUCUUGAUUUGAGCUGGACUAACAUAACAAAGCUGCCAAACUCAAUCUGUGCCAUGAAGAGCCUCAAGGCAUUGCUCCUUGAGUCAUGUCAUAAGCUAGAAAAUGUGCCAUACUUGGGAGAGAUGAAUGAACUCAGGGAGUUAAACCUCUCGUAUACAGCCAUCAAGGAAGUCCCUCAAGGAGUUGGGGAAUUAUUCAAUCUCAAAUUCCUCGCAUUGGAUGCGCGUGAAUUGCAGAUGCUUCCAAGAGGAUUGUUUCUUAAACUUGGGAAUCUUCAGCACUUAGAAUUACCAUUCCAUAUACAAGUAGUUAUUGAAGAAAUUGAGAAUCUGAAACUGCUAGAGGAGUUUAGUGGAAGAGUGAAAAAUGUUAAUGAAUUUAAUUCUUUUAUAACAAGUUGGGAAAGUCGGGUGCAUGACACUUGCUACACAAUAGGAGUGGGAUCAUAUGAAGUAAAUUUGUAUCCGUAUGAAGGAAGAGGAGUAUGUCAUAAUAAAGAUUUGAUCCUGUCCGAAUGCAACCUUGAAGAUGAGAGAGUAUUUGCGGAGGGAAUUGUACAGCUAACAAUCAGUAAAUGUAAAUGUGUGGAUCCGAGCAUAUACUCUGUGGAUGGAUUGAAGACAUUGAGAAUUGAAAGUUGUGGAGGAAUAGAGUACAUUUGGAGGAGUGAGGUAGGAUUAUCAUCUCAAAUGUCUACUCUUGAAGAAAUUGAACUGGUUGAAUUGGAUGCUAUGAAGGGGUUGAUCGAAAAGGGGGAAAUAGGAGCAUCAGCUGCACUUGCACAACCUGUGUUUUCCUCUCUGACAAAGCUAAUAAUUGACAAGUGUAAGAAGAUGAGGAUACCACUAUCUGGAGUUCCCAACCUUGAAGUUAUUCAUAUCAGCGAUUGUGAAGAAAUAGAAGAGAUAUUUGAAGAUGAAGGAACAAGUUCCCUCACUCUCCAUAAAUUAAAAGUUUUAGUGUUAUGGGAGCUACCAAGACUGAGGAAGGUGGGGAUACUAUCAGGAGUUCCCAACCUUGAAUGUAUUUAUGUGACAGAGUGUGGAGAAAUAGAAUAUGUGUUUGAUGAUGAAGGAAGUCGUAUCCUAACCCUGCCCAAAUUAACAAAGUUGUACUUGUAUGAGCUUCCGAAACUGAAGAGCCUAUGCAAGGGAACAGCGGCCAUCAUUUGCAACUCUAUUGAACGUAUCUCAGUAACAAAGUGCCCAAGAUUGAUGAACAAAGUUCCUGUGGAUGUGGAUUUGGUUGUGCCUCGACACUGUAAAAAAAAGUUGAACCAGAAUUGUGGAAAUCAUUGAUGUCGGACGAUCCCAACCUCUCUCGUUUCUUUAGAGGCUGAUCAGGUUUUUGUGUAAUAAUGCACAUAUUUUGGCGCAAAUGUUGUGUAAAAACAAGAUGCAUGCUGUUAAGGGUUCUUUCCCUUAACCACAAUUUGACGAACCUUUUCGUCGAUCAAACACACGUCCGGCGCCCUCAACACGGGGUCGUCGGAAUCCAGAAGCUGCUGCGCGCGAGAGCUCUCGUCGGGCAGCACGCUUGCUAGAGUUUCUUGAUAGAAUAGUUUCGAGUUGUGCGCGGGUUCUUCCCGUCGGGCAACGCGAUAACUAGGGUUUGUAGAGAAGUCCACAAUAUGUUGGACAAAUAACGAUUUUAUUGAUUUAUUGAAUGAAUGCAAAUAAUAACCAUCUA